GUUUUUUUUAUACACGUGUCAACUCUAUCACACACUCUCUCUCUCUCUCUGACUUAACAAGAAAGAAAGCUCUGCCAUUCUGGUUCCUGGGUGCACGAACACACCAAGCUACCGCCUCUCUCUAUCAACCCCCGCCCUCUCUUUCCUUUUAACAGGCAGAGAGAGUCUUGCUCCCCCCCCCCCCUUCUCUCUCAACGAAGCGCAUACCACCUGAACCGAUAAAAAAAGCCGAAAUUGGUGCCUAAAAGUUCGAGCCAUUCGUUGCUUUUAACAAAUCCUCCACAUUCGUUUAACCACAUAUUCUGAGAUUUGGUGAUAUUGGUGGGGCCGACAUGACUGCUGGUGAUGGAAAUCAGUUGAUCUCCGUACAUCCCGAGGACCUCAAGUUCAUUUUUGAGCUGGAAAAGCAAAGCUUUUGUGAUCUUAAAGUUGCGAACAACACAGAGCACCAUGUUGCUUUUAAGGUUAAAACUACUUCACCUAAGAAGUACUUUGUGAGGCCCAACACUGGUGUUAUACAGCCUUGGGAUUCUUGCGUCAUCAGAGUUACUCUUCAAGCUCAACGAGAAUAUCCUUCAGAUAUGCAAUGCAAAGAUAAGUUUCUCUUACAGAGUACCAUUGUGCCUCCACAUGCUGAUGUUGAUGAGCUCCCACCAGAUACUUUCAAUAAGGAUAGUGAUGACAAGGUGAUACAUGACAGGAAGCUUAGAGUUGUAUACAUCCCUCCUUCAUCAACUCAAGGAAACUCAGAAGAUGAAGGGUUGAAGGGCUCCACUCAAAGUCCUGAUGCUAACUCUGCUGUACAGAGCCUGAAGGAUGAAAGGGAUGCUGCUGUUCGACAAACCCAGCUACUACAGCAGGAACUGGACUUGCUGAGGAGACGAAGAUAUCGAAAAAGUGAUCCAGGCUUCUCCCUCAUGUUUGCAUUUGUUGUUGGACUUAUUGGAAUUAUGGUUGGCUUCCUCUUGAACCUUUCAUUGUCAUCACCAUCUACAGAAUGACUGGGCUUUAUCAAGGACCUUAGGAGACAAUUUUUUCUUUUCUAUUUUACUGUACAAUCUGUGCCUGUCUGGUGUUCUGUUGGAUGGAAGGGACAUCGAUCUAUUUCCUCCCUUCUUUUUGUAUAUUUGCUAUUGCAAAUUUGUCAGUUGGCCAAAUAUAUUUUCAUCUCCUCUCAUUGAUAUGUUA